AUGUUUGCUUUUACAGUGUUUUCCAGUGUGGUUAGUGGCGCAGCUGUAGACCGAUAUGAAAGUGCGAAACCUGCGCACACAGCAGUAGGUAAUUUACUAGACGCAUGGAAUGAAAGAAGACAUCCUGAGGAUAAUGGUCUUCUGGAUUAUGACGAAGAUGAAGAAGAGUACAACAAUGAUGAGGAAGAAUAUGAGCUGUCGGGGGAUUAUCAGUUGCCCAGAGUUGAGUUUUCGAGGAAACCCAAAGACCCUAUCACAGUAGUGAAUGCAGACACAAUGGAGGUGAAAAGGAGGCGGGAUAAAGUGAAGAAGAGAGGAAAGGGGAAAGGCAAGAAACGUAACCCAUGUUUUAGGAAGUAUAAGGACUUCUGCAUCCAUGGCACAUGCCAGUACUUGAAAGACACCAAGGGACCCUCCUGCAUAUGUAAUCCAGGUUAUUCAGGAGAGAGAUGCCACUUUUUCUCACUGCUGGUGAAAAGUGAAGGCGGUUAUAAUCGGACGACAGCGCUGGCUGUGGUGGCAGUGGUACUGUCCUCACUCUGUCUCACCAUCAUUGGUCUCCUGCUGGCUCUCAGAUUUCAUAAGCGGGGUGUGUAUGAUGUGGAGAAUGAAGAGAAAGUCAAGCUAGGGUCGGCCACACAACACUGAGGAAUGAGACGGAAAGGAUAAAUAUGUGGAAGUUCUACCUCAAAAUAUAGAAGAAGUAAAAUGGAAAGACGAAGAGCACUGAAC